CGCUGGGGCAGCCUGUCAUCAAACGCAGCGGGGUCACCCUUAUCACCCACCGUCCCACAGGUGCAGAGCUCAGUCCACUCUCGCUAAAAAUGACAGCAGGAGCUCUGUGCCUCUGCCUCGUCCUCGCUCUCCGGCUCGCAUGCGUCGCCCCGCUGGUGAUCCCGCAGGGCAGAGGGACGGCGGGGAAGCAGGGAGGUUUGGAUUCGAUGAAGACGGCGAGCGAGAAGCUGGACGCGCUGUUCAACCUGAGGGAUUUACCUCGGGGUCCCGCGGUGGCUCCUCACAAAAAGGCGCCUCAGUUUAUGCUGGAUCUUUUUAACGCAGUGUCAGUCUCCGAUGGGAUCCCGAAAAGCCAAAAGGACAUCCUGGAAGGAAACAUAGUACGAAGUUUUGAGGAUAAAGGUCACACUGGAGAGAGGUUUCACUUCUUCAACUUGUCGUCCUUCAGCAGAGAUGAGAGAAUGAUCAAAGCGGAGUUCCGCUGGUUCCGAAAGAAACAGAAGUUUUACCUUGGAAAGUCACGCGCUCCCCAUUUCUAUAAGGUGGAUGUGUAUGAGGUGCUGGACAGCAGAGUGAAGCCAUGGAGAGGAAACCUCAUCACCUCCAGACUGGUGCCCCUGUACACACAGGGAUGGGAAGUCUUCAAUGUCACUCAGAUGGUAUCCAAGUGGAUCAGGAACAGCCAGGAGAACAAUGGCAUCCUGCUGGUGACCACGUUUCCUUCUGGUAACUGGAUGGAGUCAUUGGUCUCCUCAUCGAAACAGAAUGGAGAGCUGGAGGACACAAAUGCCUACCUGGUCAUAUUCUCAGAUGAUGGGAGGGAAGGAGCAUCAAACCAGUCGUACCUGGCAGGACAUGUCCAGCCCGUAGCUGCACCAGCAGCACCCGAGCCCCAUGAACACCACAGCAGGAGACGUCGUGCAUCUCCAGGCUUCUCGCCCCACGGCCGCUCCCAGUCCUGCCAGCGGGUUCCCCUGUUCGUCGACUUCGAUGAGAUCGGCUGGUCGGGCUGGAUCAUCUCCCCCCGCGGGUACAACGCCUACCACUGCAAAGGCUCCUGCCCGUUCCCCCUGGGUGAGGGCCUCAGAGCCACCAACCACGCCACGGUGCGAUCCAUCAUGCAUGCCCUCAAACUCUCUAGCAAAGACGUGGGGGCGCCCUGCUGCGUGCCUGACAAACUCCAGUCCAUCAGUCUGCUAUACUUCGACGACGAGGAGAACGUGGUUUUGAAGCAGUACGACGACAUGGUGGCGUUGAGCUGCGGCUGUCAUUGACCAGCCGUGCGCCUCUUGCACUCUUUAACACUGGAACAAUGAGGGACGGGGUUCUGAGUUAAUAGAAACACUGUAU